AGCCUUACUUGUUACCCCAUCAGUAAUCGUCAACAACUGAGUUGGACCGGGCAGAGAUGUCGAGUUCAACUUGUGUCAGCAGUGGCACUAGCAGGGGUUUAUUGAGAAUGGAAGAUGAGGCCAAGGCCAGUGAGCGGCAAGGCAUCGGAUCCAUCUUAGGGUCCGAACCCGACAAAUCCAAGGCGGCAGCGUCCUUGCGAAGGACACUCUCCGCCGACAUGUCCUCCAAGAAAUGGUUGGGACGUCACGGGUUCACCCCUUUGAAGAAGAUCCCUUCCUCUGAAUCUUUCCCUCUUCACUCCUCCUCUGUCACCUCUGAUUCUUCUUCCUCAUCUUCUUCUACGGCGACACUUUCUGAUGGAGAAGAAGAAGAUAAAGAGCAAGUGGUGGGACGAACCAGGAAAAAGCCUGAAAUUGAAGGACAAUUCGACAACUGGAGUUCGCUAGUCCAACCUGAGCAGCAACAGAAGGAGGACCUCGAACAACCCGGCCUUUCUGACAUAUGGGGUUCGAUUCUGUCCCAAAAGGUGGACGACUCAUCGAAAUCGUCGACAGCACUCUACAUUCCCCAACAAGUGAAAAGAUCGAAGAGCUCGUUGAGUCAGAAGAGCCUCGAGAUCUGUACUGAGAGUCUUGGUUCAGAAACCGGUUCCGAUGGUUUCUCCUCUAACCCACCAUCGGAAGCGAGCGAUUUUGAAGACAAAUCAGCAGAAGAGCAACAGAGCGUUAAAGACACAGAGCAAGUAGCUGCUACUGUAGCAGAAGAAGAAAAGAUGGAUCUUGGACCUGCAAACUACAACUGUUCUUUGAUCAGGCAAUCACCCCCUCGAUCGUUCCCUCCGCCGUUAACGUCUCUUGCUCGACGAGAAGGACCGGGAGUACUCAUGCGAUCGCAUCGUAGAGAAGGUCGUUUAGUCCUUGAAGCCGUUCCUGUCUCUUCUUAUAAUUACUUCCACUCCGAACGCCAAUCUGGGCGUCUUCUCCUCAGCUUCAUCACAAACCCCUCUGCAGAACUAAUGGAGACCGACGACGAAGAAGAAGAAGAAGAAGAAUUGGAGAAGAAAGUAGAAGCAGACGUAUUUGAUGAAUUUGAAGGAUUUGAAGAAGAGGAGGAGACUGAGAGAGUGGAGAAAGGUGAAGAGGUUGAUCGAGUCCAAGACAGAGGAAUUGUGACAGAGGUAGUGAAGAUUAGUCAACCAACUGUGAUGGUGCCAUGUGAGGUGAUCAGUGUGCAUAGGUCAGCAGCAACUUUGACAAACAAGCUCAUGGGUUUGUCUAACAAGAACCCAACUUGGUCUCACUCUCACAAGAUGAAUGUCGACCUGCUGGAGGAGGAAGAGGAAGAAGAAGAAGAAGAAGAAGAAGAAGAGGCGGAGAUGGAGGAAGAGGAGAUGGAGGAGGAGGAGCCAACACAGGUGCCACAGUCGCUGCCAUGCCCACCAAGGGUGGCUAGCCUGAUUGCAUCCCCCGCAGCAUCUGCAGCAGGGGCUGCUUCUUUCAAUGCUUACGAUUACUUCUGGAGGACAAAGCCCUCAACUGCAGUGGCAACCAUGCAUCUGACCCAAGAACCACCUCCAGCCCGACCAAUCAUCGACAACAACAAUUUCUGCUACUACCCCAACAAGCUCCACAACAACAAGAAGAUUAAUAACAAUAACAAGUCAGUGAUUUCCAAAGGGGGUCUGAAGCUUCAAGAGCAGCAGAAACAGACAAUGGUCUUGAGAGGGAACGAAGCAGAUUGCUUAGUUCCUCCAGUGAGAGGAUGCAAGGAACCUAGAAGGUCACUACCCAUCUGGCAACCACCACGUUGCAUUGCCACCUCUUAAUUUAUUUCUUCACUCCAUAUA